CCGUCACCUAUUCAUUGUUUUCCAGAUAACAAUGUGUCUAUACAAACCACACGGUCUCCAACAAAUUUGAAAAGAAAAAUGAAAAACACAAAACAAGAAAGAAAAACAACAAAAAUUGUACAUGCUCCCGUCUCCCCCGGAUCGGAGUGCUUGCAUCGUAGCAUCUUGAAGGAUAUUGAAAAGCAUGACUACACUGCACCAACUUCUAUUCAGGCUCAAUCCAUGCCAGUUGCUCUUAGUGGAAGAGAUCUCUUGGGUUGUGCUGGAACUGGUAGUGGGAAGACCGAUGCGUUCAGCAUACCUAUGAUACAACACUGUUUGGCUCAACAACCUCUUAAUUCAAUUUGGUGAUGGACCUUUGGCAUUAGUGUUGGCGCCUGCGAGAGAGCUUGCCCAACAAAUAGAGAAAGAGGUGGACUACGGCACUUUAAAAUUUGUUGCAUUCUCAUGACUUACAAUCUUUUGGUUGCGAAUGCCACUUUGCUUUUGACGGAGUUUAGCUGGAGCUCUUUGAAUAUUGCUGAGAAUGUUGGUAUUACUUUGUUCGAAAUCAGAAAAGCAAAAAAAUAGUUUAAU